AUGCAACACGAUCCACAGAUCCCGCCGUACACCACGGCCGAUAAGACGUCGUUCGCACACACAUCUGCCGAAGCCCGGUGGCCUGUGAUUCUGACGGGAGCCAUCGACGACGUUCACCGUGCAACAUGGAAGACUGACGAUGACGAGAAGCUAAAAGAAGGGAAGAAGAUCAUCGAGGAGCUGGCGAAGCUGAAAUAUGAGCUGCAGCAUAACCGGCAACUGACGCCGGUUCCGGACGAUGGGGAAGGGGAUGUCAAGUCCUAUAACGUCGAGCUCGAGAAACGAGGUUCGCCAACGUGGUUCGACGUCUCUUGGUUGUAUUCGGAAUGCUAUCUCUACAGGCGAGUCAACACAUUGUUCUCAAUGUCCAAGCACUGGAAGAGCUACGAUAUUUUCGAAAACCAGAAGAUGUCUACCUUUAAAUCAUCGCGUCCGGCUGUACUGGAGCUGGCAUCUCGAUACAAGGAUCUGAUCCAUGAGAUCAAAACCGCUAAUGAUCACGAGUCGACAAAGUCCCCCCAGGAAAUCGAAGCUGCGGAGGAGAUCCUCUUCAUGGAGAUGUGUGAGAUAUGCCUAUGGGGCAACGCAACCGACUUGUCCCUCCUCACCACCCUAUCGUACGAGGACAUCCAGAAACUCCAAGGCUCCUCAGCGCGCAAAGCCGCCGAGAAAAACAUCAUCGCGAACGACCUACCCGCCGCCUUCGCGGCGCUGAAAGCCGUGCAGAAGAACGGCCACCCGCACCGCCGCGUCGACAUCAUCCUCGACAACGCCGGCUUCGAGCUCUUCGUCGACCUCUUCCUCGCCGGCUACCUCCUCGCCUCCGGGUUGGCCACCACCGUCGUCCUUCACCCCAAGUCGAUCCCCUGGUUCGUCUCUGACGUGGUCCCGAAGGACUUCGGCGACCUGCUCGGCUUCCUCGCGGAUCCGAGGGCGUUCUACGAGACGUUGUCGGAGGACGAGAAGCAUGCGGGGAAGACGCCGGAGCCGUUGUCCGAUGGGGAUGCGGAGAACCUGGCGUUCUUAUUUGAGAGUUGGAGGGGCUUUCAUGCGGAGGGGCAGUUGGUGAUUCGGCCGAAUCGGUUCUGGACGAUGGCGGGGAGCUUCUGGCGGAUGCCGGGGACUGCGUCUGAGCUAUUUGAGGAUCUGCAGGAGAGCGAGUUGGUGGUGUACAAGGGCGAUCUCAACUACCGGAAGUUGACCGGCGAUGUGAUGUGGGAUCCGACGACACCGUUCGUCGAGGCCGUCGGACCGCUGGGAAAAGGCUCAGGCAUGAGGACCCUGGCGUUGCGAACGUGCAAGGCGGAUGUGGUGGUGGGGUUGAAGAAGGGAGAAGAUGAGCGGCUUCGGGCUACGGAGGGUGGAGGGGGAGACUCAGGUGCGCGGAAGUGGGCGUGGAGUGGAAAGUGGGCGGUGGUUCAGUUCUGCGAUGGCAAGCAGAAAGCCGCAUAA